GGUAGGGAAACAAGAGGUAGAAACAGUAACCGGCCAGUGCAAUGUUCCUUUUGCGGCAAGGCCCGGUCCCGCACCGAGCUGGUGCUGGCGGGGCAGGGUCGCGCCGCGGUCUGCUACGAUUGCAUCCGUUCCCUUGGCGAACUCGUUGAGUCCGAGGUCCCGGAAGCCGCUCCCUCUCCCCGGGCGCCCCAGCAGGGCCCCCUUGUACCACGGGAUAUCUACUCCAGCCUCGACGAUUACGUCAUCGGCCAGGAACGGGCCAAGAAAACCCUUAGCGUAGCCGUCUAUAACCACUUCAAGCGCAUCUGGUCUGGUGCAUCUGGUUCCGAGGUAGAACUUCAGAAGGCCAACAUCCUCCUCAUGGGUCCCACCGGCAGCGGCAAGACCCUCCUCGCCGAAACCCUGGCCCGCACCCUCGACGUUCCCUUUGCCGUCUGCGACGCUACAUCCCUCACCGAGUCGGGUUACGUGGGCGAGGACGUCGAGAACAUCCUGCUCCGCCUCAUUCAGGCAGCCGACUGGGACAUUGCCCGCGCCGAGCAGGGAAUCAUCUACAUCGACGAGAUGGACAAGAUCGCCCGUAAGGAGGGCGUCAACCGAUCCAUUACCCGCGACGUCUCCGGCGAGGGCGUGCAGCAGGAACUUCUGAAGAUCAUCGAAGGCUGCGUCGCCAACGUGCCACCCCAGGGCGGGCGUAAGCACCCCCAGCAGGAAUUCCUGCAGGUAAACACCCGGAACAUCCUCUUCAUCUGCGGCGGCGCCUUUGAGGGCCUCAGUGAAAUUGUCUCCAAGCGCAUCACCACCCACGGUUCCCAGCUUGGCUUCCUGGGCGGCACCCGCAACCGGACCGAGGAGGACGGCAACAUCCUCUCCCAUGUAACUCCGGAAGACCUGCUGGCCUUCGGCUUCAUUCCGGAGAUGGUCGGUCGCCUGCCCGUCGUCACCAGCCUGGACCACCUGGACAAGGCCUCGCUGAUUCGGGUGCUGACCGAGCCCAGGAACGCCAUCGUCAAGCAGUACCAGUAUCUGUUCAGUAUUGACGGCGUGGAACUGGAGUUUACGUCUGGAGCGCUGGAAGCGGCGGCGGAACGGGCCCUGAACCACUACACCGGGGCUCGAUGCCUGCGCUACAUCGUUGAAGAAACCCUGCUGGACGUAAUGUACGAAUUGCCGUCCCUCAAACAGGUCAACCGCUGCAUCGUCGACCGCGACGCCAUAGACGGCCCGGGCACACCAACCCUGGAAACCGAAUCCGGCGAAACCAUCUCCCUCUACCCCGAACUACUCCAACAAUCCGCCUGA